AUGGAAGUUGCAAAUGGUGUUGGUGGAUGCGCCAGAGAAGGAGUUGAUUUUGGAAAAUACGAAUGCUCGCUAAUGACGAAUUCUUUGGCUGCUGUCAACAAACUAUCAGAAACUAAUUCGCAAAUUGAUUCAAAAAAUAUUAUCGAAGAAGCUUUCUGUAAAAAUAACAAGUUUGAAGGUUCAUCCACAACAUGUGUUGUAACGCACAAGAGCAGUGAUGGUCUUGAGUGUACUAUGAAAGUGGAGUUGGGUGUUAACAAAGGAGAUGUUGUGGUGAUGGGGCGUGAUGGAUUGUUUGACAACUUGUUUGAUUGGGAAAUCCAACAAAUCAUUAAGAAAGAGCAUCCUAAGCUAUUGGAUUCAGAACACAAUAGCAAUGAUUAUAUUAAUGAUUAG